UAAUUAGAUAACUGUCAAAGUGCAAAAUGUUUUCUAAUGUAAUGAUCGCAAUUAUUAUAAAUUGCAUAUUUACAAUUCAAAUUCUCAAAGCUGAGUUUUAUGGCGAUCUUCCUAUGCAAAAUCCCGACUUGUUCGAAGGAGACAUUUUAGGAAUUGAAGAUCCUAAUGAUCGUGGUGCUUUAUCCGACGAAAGACUAAGAUGGCCAAAUGGGAUUAUAUAUUACACUAUCGAUCACGCGCUCAGAUUUCAUGUCUCGCGUAUCGAGCUAGUAAUGAAAGAAUACGAACAGAACACGUGUUUAAAAUUUGUAAAACGUACGGACGAAGAAGAUUAUAUAAAAAUUUUCGUAGGAGAAGGAUGCUACUCUCACGUGGGUAAGACCGGUGGUGCUCAACCCUUAUCUUUAGGGAAUUUUUGCACCUUCCACGGAACAGUAACUCACGAAUUAGGUCACGCCAUUGGUUUUCUACACGAGCAAAAUCGAUCGGACAGAGAUGAUUAUAUUAAUAUACAUUGGGAAAACAUCCAAGAAGGAAUGGAAGAUCAAUUUGCUAAAUUUUUGCCAACACAAAAUUUAUUAAUUAAUGAAUUUGAUUACAAGUCUAUCAUGUUGUAUGGGGAGAAAACAUUCAGCAAAGACAGAAGGAAAUUGAAAACCAUGACUGCCAAGGAAGAAGGUGUAAUACUUCGAGAAGUAGUCGACAAAAUGAGACCAUCUGCCAGUGACUAUUAUAGAAUAAAUAAAUUGUAUAAUUGCAAAGAAUUUUUGAAAGACGAAUUUUUACUUUUAGUUUUCUUUAUUCCGUAUCUUUUAUCAUCACCGUUAUCAGACGAUAUAGAAUGUGAUUUAGAUGCUUAUUACGAAAAUAAUCCCAUUCCUUUUACGAAGCGCAACGCCGUGACUGGGCGGCAACAACUAUGGCCCAAAGGAAUAAUUCCUUAUGUUAUUGAUGAAUCACUAGAUUUUCUCAGAGAUAGAAUAGAAUCUGUGAUGAAGGAGUUCGAAAAAGUAACGUGUGUCCGUUUCCAGCAAAAUACCGAUCCGGAUAAAUUGAAUUAUAUAAAAAUAUAUUUAGGAAAUGGAUGUCAUUCCAUGGUAGGACGUUUCCCUUUAUCGCACCAAUUAAUUUCUCUGGGGUUGGGCUGUCACAAAAUUGGCACAAUCACUCACGAACUCGGUCAUGCGUUAGGACUUCAUCACGAGCACAGCCGUCCCGAUCGAGACGAUUAUUUAGAAAUAUUAUGGGAUAACAUCAAAGAAAAUCGAAAAAGUCAAUUUAAGAAACUCUUAUCAAACGAAUGUCUUUUGAUUAACGAAUUCGAUUACAAUUCGAUUAUGAUGUACGGAGAUACAACUUUCUCGAAAGAUGGAUUUUCUAAAACAAUGGUAGCAAAGAAAAAAGGAAUUACUAAAUUAUUGCAUGUUGCCAAUAAGACUGGAUUAAGUAAAUCUGAUAUAGAAAGGAUUAAUAUUUUAUAUAAUUGUACACAUAUAUAAAUAUCAUCGUGUAUUAUUUAAAAAAAGUGUAUUUAAAUAAAUUACAAUUAGUGGAAUUUACGUGCUAUAAGAAAAUCUGUAGUAAAAUAUAAGACGAAUAAAAAAAUAAAUAAUAAUAACUAUGUGAAUACAUGCGACAGCAAACAAAGAGAUUGUUCACGUGUAUAAGAAAAUACGUGAGAUCCAGUUAUAGAUUAACAUCACAAUUAUACGCUUCUAUUUAUAAUAAA